CAGGACACAGGUGUUGGUGAAAACUAUUGCAAAGUCUAAGCCAAAAUGGGAAAGGAAAAGACCCACAUCAACAUCAUCGUCAUUGGACACGUAGAAUCAGGCAAGUCCACCACUACUGGUCACCUGAUCUACAAAUGCGGUGGGAUCGACAAAAGAACCAUUGAAAAACUUGAGAAGGAAGCUGCUGAGAUGGGAAAGGGCUCCUUCAAGUAUGCCUGGGUCUUGGAUAAACUGAAAGCUGAAUGUGAGCGAGGCAUCACCACUGAUAUCUCCCUGUGGAAAUUUGAGACCAGCAAGUACUAUGUGACCAUCAUUGAUGCCCCAGGACACAGAGACUUCAUCAAAAACAUGAUUACAGGAACAUCACAGGCUGACUGUGCUGUCCUGAUUGUUGCUGCUGGUGUUGGUGAAUUUGAAGCUGGUAUCCCCAAGAAUGGGCAGACCCGUGAGCAUGCCCUUCUGGCUUACACACUGGGUGUGAAACAACUAAUUGUUGGUGUUAACAAAAUGGAUUCCACUGAGCCACCCUACAGUCAGAAGAGAUACGAGGAAAUCAUUAAGGAAGUCAGCACCUAUACUAAGAAAAUUGGCUACAACCCUGACACAGUAGCAUUUGUGCCAAUUUCUGGUUGGAAUGGUGACAACAUGCUGGAGCCAAGUGCUAACGUGCCUUGGUUCAAGGGAUGGAAAGUCACCCGUAAGGAUGGCAAUGCCAGUGGAACCAUACUGCUUGAAGCUCUGGAUUGCAUCCUGCCACCAACUCGUCCAACUGACAAGCCCCUGCAUCUGCCUCUCCAGGAUGUGUACAAAAUUGGCAGUAUUGGUACUGUCCCUGUUGGCAGAGUGGAGACUGGUGUUCUCAAGCCUGGCAUGGUGGUCACCUUUGCUCCAGUCAACGUCACCACUGAAGUAAAGUCUGUUGAAAUGCACCAUGAAGCUUUGAGCGAAGCUCUCCCUGGGGACAAUGUAGGCUUCAAUGUCAAGAAUGUCUCUGUCAAAGAUGUUCGUUGUGGCAACGUAGCUGGUGACAGCAAAAAUGACCCACCAAUGGAAGCAGCUGGUUUCACUGCUCAGGUGAUCAUCCUGAACCACCCAGGCCAAAUCAGUGCUGGCUACGCACCUGUGCUGGAUUGUCACACAUCUCACAUUGCUUGCAAGUUUGCUGAGCUCAAAGAGAAGAUUGAUCGCCGUUCUGGUAAGAAGCUAGAAGAUGGCCCACAAUUCUUGAAGUCUGGUGAUGCUGCCAUCGUUGACAUGGUUCCUGGCAAGCCCAUGUGUGUUGAGAGCUUCUCUAACUAUCCUCCUCUGGGUCGUUUUGCUGUUCAUGAUAUGAGACAGACAGUUGCUGUGGGUGUCAUCAAGGCAGUGGACAAAAAGGCAGCUGGAGCUGGCAAGGUCACCAAGUCUGCUCAGAAAGCUCAGAAGGCUAAAUGAAUGUUACCCAUAACACCUUCCACCCCAGUCUUAAUCAGUGGUGGAAGAACGGUCUCAGAACUGUUUGUCUCAAUUGGCCAUUUAAGUUUAAUAGUAAAAGACU